AAUAAUAAUAAUAAUAAUAAUGAUCCAUCUGAUGAUGUAACACAGUGAAAUGCAAACAACUACGAAAUGACCCUACCUAUCUCAUUCUUACCUGUCGAUCAUCAUGAUACUACCAUAGUUACCAACGAUCAUAAAAUUAUGAAAUCUUUAAGUGAUUAUUAUAUAAAUGAAAAUAAACGAAAAUUUCAUUCAAAUUUACAAACAAAUUUCAGUGAAUUCACUUGUUUCUCACAAAUAAUUAAACAAACUAAUCCAUUAGCUCAUAAUUCUAAUCAAAAUACUAAAAUAUUUACAUCAAAUAAAGAUAAUCUGAUAUUAUCCCAACAUGAAAAUCAACAAAUAAUACAAUCUCCGCAAUAUAAUUAUAUGCCAAGAUUGAAUAAAAUGCCUAGAGAUUUAAGAAGUGUAAGCAUUUUAAAUAAAUAGUAGUAUUGAAA